CGUGGAAUCUUGUGAAGAGAGGACGUAUACGAUGUCUGAAGGAUAUAAACUUGGUGAUUUAGUAUGGGCGAAGAUGAAGGGGUUCAGCCCCUGGCCCGGUCGGGUAGCGAUUCCUACGCCCGAGUUGAAGCCGCCGAAAAAGGCGAGCAAUGUCCAAUGCAUUUACUUCUUCGGCAGUAAUAACUAUGCCUGGAUCGAAGACAGCAACAUCAAGCCGUACCAGGAGUUCAAGGACCAGCUUAUCAAGUCCUGCAAGACUGCCGCCUUGAAGGAUGCUGUGGCCCAGAUCGAGGAGUAUAUCGUCAACCCUGAGAAAUUUGGUGAUCUGGACGACCACGCUCGCUCUGCGGAGGAGGAGUUUGACAAAUUGAAGGAUGUCCUCGACAAAGAAGACGAUGAGGAGGGAGAGGACAAGGAGGAGUCGUCUCCGGAGGUCAAGAAGAAGACCGGCACUCCUAAGAUACGUUUGUCAAAGGUGAAGUCGGUGAAGCGUUCUUCAUCGUCCGGGAUGAAGGGGACCCCUCGCAAGAAGGCCAAGAGCAGUCUCUCCCGCUCGUACGACUCUGACAUGGCUAAUGAUAAGCCAUCGAUGCUGAACCAUUCAUUCUCCAAGAAGUCAAGCUUGCUGCAUCGCCCCUCUAACAUUCUCAGACCUGACACUCCCCCCCUAGAUUUGGAGAACGUCUCCGAGACGCUCCGCGAGAAGAAGAUCCAGGCUAGCCAGAUGAAGUUCGGCUUCCUCGGCCUGGGCAUCAUGGGCAGCGGGAUCGUCAAGAACUUGCUCAACUCCGGCCACAAGGUGCUCGUCUGGAACCGCACUGGCGCUAAGUGCAAAGAUUUCGAGAAGGUGGGCGCCACACUGGCAGUGACACCAUGCGACGUGGUGGAGGAGGCUGAUAUCACCUUCUCCUGUGUCGCGGACCCACAGGCUGCUAAAGAGAUGGUGUUCGGCAACUGCGGCGUGCUGCAUUGCCCAUCCCUAGAGGGCAAGGGUUACGUGGAGAUGACGUCCAUCGACGCAGACACAUCCCACGAUAUCGUCGAGGCCAUCAGCGGCAAAGGCGGCCGCUACCUCGAGGCACAGAUCCAAGGCUCCAAGACUCAAGCGGAGGAAGGCACGCUGAUCAUCCUGGCGGCUGGCGACCGCUCGCUGUUCGACGACUGCCAGAGCUGCUUUAAGGCGAUGAGCAAGAACUCCUUUUACCUCGGUAGCGACAUCGGCAACGCGUCGAAGAUGAACGCGGUGCUGCAGGUGCUGGGCGGCGUGUCGCUGGCGGCGCUGGCCGAGGGGCUGGCGCUGGCCGACCGCGCCGGCCUCAACCAGGCCGACCUGCUCGACGUGCUGGCGCUCACGCCGCUCGCCUCGCCGCACCUCAUACUCAAGGGCCGCGCGAUGAUCGAGUCGGCGUACUCGACACACCAGCCGCUCACCCACAUGCAGAAGGACCUCAAGCUGGCGCUCGGCCUCGGCGACGCCCUCGAGCAGUCCCUGCCCCUCACGGCCACUACCAACGAAAUCUUCAAACACGCCAAGCGAUUGGGAUACGCGAACCACGACGUCUCCGCAGUCUAUAUUAGAGCCAGAUUCUGAAUAUGAGGUUCCCCAACCUCGUAUUCAGUAUCUGGCUCUAAUGGCAACGCUAAAUCCUUUGCUAAGUAACUGUGUUUCCACUGAAGCGGAACGGAGCGGAGACGCGGAGGUGUGCAGGAAUCGACCAAUUACCGAGAAGUUACAAUUCGGUUUCAACACUGAAUUGCGAAUAUAGAAAGUAAGAAUAUAUUUUAAAGGACGUCACAGAAUAAUACCAAAACAUCAGUCUUAAAAACGCACAUAUAAUACAUACAUAUAUAAAAACGUACACAGAAUGACAAUUAAAAAAGAAAAACAAUGAUGCGGGUCGGAAUGAUCAUGGACAAUCUCAAUAGUAAUAUCUAAAGAUUGAUUUUGUAAUUCCUGAUAUUAUGGCACCUGACCUAAUCGACCGUCCGUUAUGGAUCGGACAUGUCAAAUCUUCAGGUUAGAUAAGCGGACUCUGUGAAAAACGGGAUGAUGCUAGAUGAGGAACACGAUGGUGAUUAUGGGACCAUUCAGUAUUGUCGCAUUUUUUUUUCGAAUCGAUGGCAGACUAUAGUACCCUCCCAGUAUUUGGCUACGGAAAUAGCAUUGUCAGUAGCCAGCAUCAAGUCCUCCCGCGUGCAGGUGGCAGGGGAACAAGGACAAGACAUGAGGUCGCACUUCUAAAAUUCACUCACUGUUUAACAAGAUCAAAAUAAAACACAUCAAAGUGUCGAAACUGUAGCUUCACCGCGAGAGCGACAGAGCGUCUUCUCUCUCACUCUCGUUAGCUGUGAUUGGUCGGUUCCGCACGUCUCCGCUCCGCUCCGCACCGCUCCGCACCGCUCCGCUUCACUGGAAACACAGUCUUAGCGAAGCAUUUGUCGGUGCUAUAUAGAGAGAACUGUAGGUCAAGAAGAAUUUCAGUAUACUGUACCCUCGACCGUAGAUUGUCGUCUCAGCAUUUCUAUUAAGAGAGUUUAGGAAAUGCUUCCUGCGUCUUUUUUGUUUCAGCUAACCCGCAGUAGUCACACCCGUAACACCUAAAGGGGUAGACGGAGUCACAAAUCAACAAUAAGAUAACCGGCAGCCACCUCUCAUAGUCGCUCUAAAAACUGCACGGUGACAAAUUACAAUAUUAAACCAUUUAUUUGAGGCUACAUAUGCCUAUACAAUAAAUAAUAUACUCCUUUUUUGAAGUCGCUUAAAAAACCACUUAAAAUGAAAAACCUAUUAUCCGCUCCUAUUAUCAACCCAUCGCUCAAAUAUAAUAAGUAUAGCAUUAUGUUAUGAAGGACAUUUUUUUUAAGGAAGAUAGGGAUAGUAGCUAUUGGUGUCGAUUCGCGUAAUCACCAACUUAAUUUUAACUUGACAGGACUAAACUAGCUGCAUCUUUUUCUUGCGCGUAUUGUAAGUGAAGGACGGCACUAAUUGAAGAGCUGUGUCAGCACUAAGGUUGAGUUUGUGUCCGCCCGAAUAGGCACCAACGAAUAGUACUAACUCUAGCUGUGAGCCUUGGUAUCCCAGUUAAUAGAAUGCUUGCCCCUCAAUUUGGCUAGUAGGGUUGAAUCUAGCACAAGCCUAAACCAAUGACUGUCGAAUUUGUUUUUCGUAUUCGUGUUUGGAUCAUAAAUGAUUAUCACGUGCUUAGUGGUGAAGGAAAACAUCGUGAGGAAACCCACAUUAAAGAGAAAUGCAUUUUCGGAGGUAUGUGACCUAACCUGUAUUGGGUUUUCUCUUCGUAGGUUGGAAGGUCAGACAGGCAGUCGCUUCUGUAGAAAACCGGACCUGUCAAAUCUUUAGGUUAGGUAAGCGAACCCUGUGAGAAACCGGUUAAUGCUAGGGAGAUGAUGAUUGAAUAGUACCUAAGCGUGAUAUCGUAGACAGUGAAGUAUUUCCUAUUGCGCUGAUUAGCCAAUUACGGUCCAGUGACAGUCAUUUUGAUGGUACAAUUCUUCUUGACUUCUACAAUUCUGUUGGCGACUAGUGGAUUUGACGUUUCAUUAUACGAGAUCAACGCUGGCUAUUAUUGACAACCAUCGGACAACGCGUUCGUUCUGUCGUAAUGUGAAGGGUUAAACGCAUGCAGUGGUUUUAACGUAACUAUUUGAUGAGCUUUUCUAUGUAGAAAUUCCCCCGCCUUGCUCCCAAGAAUCAAAAAUGAUAAUGUAUUUUGUUAUUCUUCUAGAAUAUAUUUUUAAAAAAAUAUAAACUUCUGCUCAUAAAUCGAUGUUCGCAACGUGUUUCUGUUUUCAGUAUGUAAUUCGUUCUAAGUAAUAAAUAACUUGCAAUAUAAAACUAUCUCAAAUGAAAUUUGAUCAAAAAUUAUGCGUACGAAUUUAUACUUUUAAACUUUAGAACUUUGUACAUACUCAUGAAUGUUAAAAUGUAUUUGUAAUUUACUGAUCAACACGUUAAGUACAAACAUAAUUGUAAUCAUUUGGCAGACACUCGUACUGUCGGCCAUUUUGAAUUGUUUUUUUAAACAUAUUUUUUCAUAUCACAUGGCUGUAAGUAAAGGUUUUUUCACACAAUUGAAUAGUGUUUUAUCUAAUAAAUACAAGUAACGCAUUUGAUUAUGACUAUGUUGAUAUUGUGACAUUCUGCAUAAAUAUUUUUAUUGUGUCCUAAGUAUGCUACCAUCAAAUAAUUUCUAAAAUUUAGAGAUCUCGAAGAGUUUGGCGAUGUUUUUUAUAUCUCAUGAAAUGUUUAAUACCAUCUUUUCUACAACCUCGUCAUAUAAAUUCUCCAAUAAAUCUAAUAGUUUUAAAAGAUAUUUAAGUUAAGGAAUAAUUUUAUAAUAGAUCUAGACGCAAAUGAAUGAAAUGUGACACUUGGUGUGGCUAAGUGUGAGUGUACGAUCACUUCUUUUAUUUUAGUUGUUGGUUAAUAAGGUCCAUUCAAUGUUAUUUCCAAAGUAAACUGUGUCUCUGUAUUAAAUUGAAGUUUUAAUUUUAUUUUGCGAACAAAUAUAACUAUUCUGUCUAUAGAUGUACAUAUGUUUUCUUUCUGAAUCUUUCAAUGUUUGUAAUAUUCCAACAGUGUUGCUUGAUACACGUCUAUACAAUUCUGAAUACGAAAGCACGCAAAAGCCCAAGUAAAACUACAUAGUAUUUUCAGAACGCGGUGAUAGCGUUAUCUAGACUGCAGUCCAUAUAAGAUUAAUAAUAUAAAAGAGGGGAAAGUUCGUACGAACAUAAUAGUAUGAAGGUAAACAGUGUUCGCGGAUCUUUCAUGGUUUCAUUAUUACAUUAACAUUGACGUCAUAGAUGUGUUUUAAGACUAAUAACAUUAAGGUAAUAGUUGCUGUUGGACGCAGGCGCAUUUUAUUAAGAGCGCUUGCGCAGGUUAAAUAUGGUUGCUCAUACAAAAUCAAAAUGUUACUUAUGUAUGAGCAAUACAUUCGUGGGUUGUGGCGACAUGCCUCAUGUUGCGUUUGGUAAUGAUGCGGUUUUUUUUUAUGCAAAAUAAUACUGUGUAACACGAGUUUAUAAUCUGUGGCUGGUCCUUCUAUGCUGGUGGGCUAAGAACUAUGAUCAAGUGCACAAUGGCCCUGAUUCCUGCAGACACCUAAUUUUUUUAAGUUACACGGAAAGGGACGGAUGAUUGUCAACUGUUAAUUUUAAGAUGAAUGAAUGAAUAACCCGAGCGAAUAAAACAGGAAUUUCGCUGAUAUGCAACCCGUUUGACGUGUUGUUUCAACUUUAAUUCUGUCGGGUUAUUGGGCAAUAUAAAAUUUUAUGAGGGUUUAUUACUACCUAAAAUAGACGUCUUGAAUUUUAAGCCUGUCGAUUACCCGUUCCUUUCAUUUUCAUUAUAUAAGAAAAUGACAGGCAUAAUUUAAAAUUAGAUGGGUGUACUGGAAUCAGCGUCAAUGUCGCAAAAUGUCUUUUCUCAAAAUGCCGUGCAUUUUGUGACGUUUUGAGAAAGUGUCAUUUUGCGAAUGUGGCGCUGUGAGCUUAAUCCACGGCACCUGCGCCUUACAGCUGAUGUAGUAAUUUAAUAUAUUUAUGUCGUGUUCUUUCUGUCCGUAUACUCCGUAUUCACAGUACAACUUGACUCCUUUUACGUGUAAAUGUCAUGUUAUUUGAUCAGAUGAAGUAAAUACAUGUCUAGUUUUAAAUUAAA